UGAAUUGUUAGCAGAGAAAAAACAACAGGAGAAAGUCCUAACUGAUGAAAUGGAGAAUUCAAGGGUACAGAUAGCUCAAGUAAAUGAAGAACUAAACAAAAUAGUUGGUGAGCUGCAGAAUGCUAGAAUUGACUACCAUGAAGGAAGACGCCAGCAAAUGAGAGCAGAGAUACUGGAGAGUCUCAAAAGACUUUAUCCUGAUUCUGUGUUUGGAAGACUGCUUGACUUGUGUCAUCCUAUCCAUAAAAAAUAUCAGCUGGCUGUUACCAAAGUCUUCGGCAAGUACAUGAGUGCCAUUGUUGUGGCUACUGAAAAAAUAGCAAGGGAUUGCAUUCGAUUCCUAAAGGAGGAAAGAGCUGAGCCUGAAACAUUUCUUGCUUUGGAUUACCUUGAUAUUAAGCCCAUCAAUGAAAAAUUAAGGGAGAUAAAAGGAUCUAAAAUGAUGAUUGAUGUUGUACAGACUCCAUUUACACCCCUGAAAAAAGUGAUUCAGUUUGUAUGUGGGAAUGGUCUGGUCUGUGAAACUGUUAAAGAAGCAAGACAGAUAGCAUUUGAUGGACCAGUGAGGUUGAAAACAGUCUCUCUUGAUGGAACUUUAUUUUUGAAAUCUGGAGUUAUCUCUGGAGGGUCAAGUGACUUGAAAUUUAAAGCUAGAUACUGGGAUGAAAAAGAGAUGAAAGAAAUGAAAGAAAGAAGGGAUAGGUUGGUUAAUGAACUAAAGGAAUUAAUGAAGAUCAAACGUAAGGAGACUGACUUGAAACAGUUACAGGCACAGUGCCAGGGAAUUCAGACUCGGCUCAAAUAUUCGCAGAGCGAAUUAGAGAAUAUUAAAAAGAAACACCUUGCUAAUUUCUACAAGGAAAAAUCUAAGCUGGAAAGUGAGUUAGUAAAUAUUAAAUCACAAUAUGCUAUGCUGAAUGAAGGACUUUUACAAAGAACAGAGAAAAUUGAAGAGUUUCAAAAGAAAAUGAAUGAGGUUGAAGAUGCUGUAUUCCAGGACUUCUGUGAAGAAAUUGGGGUAGAGAAUAUUCGUGUAUUUGAGCAAGAACGUGUGAAACUGCAGGAAGAAACUGACAGAAAAAGACUGGAGUUUGAAAACCAGAAGACACGACUGAGCAUUCAGCUUGAAUACAGUCGUGGCCAGCUACAAAAGUUAGUGAACAAGAUCCACAUGUUGAAGGAGACAAUUCGUAAGGAUGAGGCUGAGAUUGUCAGGCUAAAGAAGGCUGAGGAAGAAUGUCUACUAAUGGUGAAUGAAAUAAUGGAGGAACAACAGCAUCUUAAGGAUAAAUUAAUAACUCUCAAAACUGAGGUGACAAAAGCCCAAAAUGAAGUUGAGGAAUCAAGGAAGAAAUUAUUAACCCUUAAUAGGGAAAUGGGUAAGUUACAAAAGGAAGCUAUAUCUAUUGAAACCUCUCUGGAACAGAAAAGAUUAGAGAGACAUAAUAUGCUUCUUGAAUGCAAGGUCCAAGACUUGAGAAUUUCUCUCUUAUUGGGAUCACUGGAUGAAAUCAGUGAAGUAGAG